UUUUUGCGCCACGGCCUUCCCUUCUUGUCCCUCCACACAACCAAGGGCAAAUUUUACACACGCACACCGCACCAAAACAAAGCAAACGACCCAAAGGCAUAUCUCUCAUUAUUCUCCAUCUGUCUCUGCGUCGUCGCCUUAUCCUCUCCCUUCACCAAAGGUUUAGCUGAAUAUGGGGAAAUCAAGAGCUGCUGCUCCCAAAAAAGCCGAUGCGAAAUUGAAGACCAAAAGCGCUGGCGCGAGCAAGAAAGCUGCGAAGGAUCCGAACAAGCCUAAGAGGCCUGCAAGCGCCUUCUUCGUUUUCAUGGAGGAUUUUAGAGUGAAAUACAAGAAGGAUCAUCCUAAUAACAAAUCCGUCGCCGCUGUCGGUAAAGCUGGUGGUGAUAAAUGGAAAUCGCUUUCAGAGGCUGAGAAAGCUCCCUACAUUGCCAAAGCAGAGAAAAGGAAGACCGAGUACACCAAGACCAUGAAUGCGUACAACAAGCGCAUAGCCGAGGGAGGCAAUGGAGCGGAGGACGAAGAGUCUGAUAAGUCCAAGUCCGAGGUGCAAAACGAAGAUGAAGAUGAUGACGAGAGCGGAGAGGAAGAAGAUGAUGACGAGUAGAGAAGGAAAGCCGGAAAUUGAAUGAAGGAGAGGAGCAAUUUGUGGUUAGGGUUAUUGGUUAGAACAUAUCGAAUGACCUGCAUUUUCUGAUUAAAGCUCUGUGUCUGAUGAUAAGAUAGCUACAUUUUUAGGAUUAGGGAAGGAAAAGGAAAAACACAAGGGGUUAUGUUUCGGGACUCAUCCACCUGAUUCCCCAUAUCGUUUCUGUACUUAAUGAUCGUUUUUAUGCUCAAAUGACUUCUGUUUUGCUCUAA